AUGAGGCCAGCUCUUAGAUUAUUGGCCAAUGUCAAGCCAGCCCGGUACUUGGAGCCUUUCGCUCCCACCGGGUUGACCGGGCUCGUUACACAUCCCAGUCCUCGUCCGACGCUCAUCUUCCUUUAUACCCAGACACUCGAGAAGCUCAAGCAAUUCCCCGAGUCUUCAGCCUAUCGCCAGUCUGUUGAAGCCCUCACCCGCCACCGCCUUCAAAUUGUCGAGUCCGCAAAGCCCCCCGGUUUCGACGAAUGGCUUCAGCGCGUUAAGAAGGUUGUCGCCGAGAAUCCCGAACGGUUCGCGAAAGCUCGUUUGGCCAACGGUACCUUUGCAGGAAUCCAACAGGAUGAUAUCUACGGCGGCACCAAGGCAAAAGAAUGGGACGGACUAGUUGGACCUAUCACCGAAGGGCCUUCGAGAACACCGGAGGAGGUCGCUCAGUGGGAAGCAAUUAUUGAAGAUGCUGCCCAGCCUGAAAGCGCUUCAGAUUUCCAUGAAGAGACUAUCAACUGGGAGAGCGAGCCUUCAUUGGAGGCAGAACAAAUUGCUGAAAUCGAAAACAAAAUCGGCGCUGGCCUCAUUGAGGAAGUUAUCCAGGUGGCUGAAGGUGAGCUCGGUCUUGUAGACGAGUUGGCUAAGGCCCAAGUGUGGGAGGAGCUUGCUGAAAAGCCCAAGCCCGGACAGUGGACAUAUUUCGCUCGCGACACGCAUACUCCUGGAAAGCCUUGA